AUGGAGACAAAUUACAAUAAUAUACCAACUAUUGUGAAAUUGAGUUUCUCCCUCCAUUUUCACGCUUCUCCCUCCUUCAAAUCUCAAAUUCUCAAAAAAGCCCGCCAAUGUCACUCAACCGCUGCACUGUGCAUCUCGCGCAUCUCUGCAAUUCUUCCCCACUUGUUCUACAAACACAUUCAGGAGUGGGUGAAUGGAGUUUGUAUAAAUUGCACACUCAAUAAAGAAAGAUUUCCAUGUCUUGUGAGAGAGGGUACGCCAACGCCAUUUUCUGCCCUAAAUUUUUUCAAGAGGCAGCCUCUGCAAGAAAUCUCCCGCCUGUUUGCUACCAAUUACGAUACCCAAUCCAUCUCUGAUGAAAUAAGAAUGUCCUCUGUAGUAGAUAUGAGGGGGCUGGUAGAGCAGACAUCAGGUGUCGGAAACAAGAAGAGAAAAUCCAGAAAUCUGUCAGAUGACAGCAGUAUUAGUAGUUCCAAUCUGAAGAGAUCUCAGAUGAGGGGUAGCAGUCGUUCACAAGAUUUGUGCUUGUUCAUUGCAAUCAGCAAUUCUGUAUAAGCUCUGGUCUCAACUCUGCUUUGGAGACGGUACAAUAAUAUACCCCUUAUUACCAGCCAUUGCAGUAAUGAAUGAAAACUGGGUAUCAAUAAAACUACCUUUUUUCA